AUGGCACUAGGGCCAUACCUCAAAAGCACCGGCGAUGGAUACGAAUGUCUCCUCUGCGACAGAUACUUCAAGAACAAAAAAGCCCUAUACGACCACUGCCGAAAUACAGCACGCCAUGAAUGGUGCGAACGAUGUCGACGGGUGUUUAAGAAACGAGGCGCAAAGACAGCCCAUAUUCGAUACUCGUCUUCGCAUAAUCCCUGCUUUGAAUGUCCGCGUGGGGAUCGGGGGGAUUUCGGAUCUGUAGGAGAGUUGAAGGAUCAUUAUGAAGAGGCGCAUUCGUAUUGUAGGCCUUGUGAGCGGUUCUUUGGGAAUGAUAAUAACUUGCGGAUGCACAACCAAACCCAUCACCCCCGAAACCUCGAAUGCUACGGCUGCGAACAAACCUUCAAAUCCUUCUCGGGGAUGUUAAUCCACCUCGAAUUCGGCAAUUGUUCAUCGGGGACGGAUAAAAGUCGCAUCUACAAACUAGCUCAUCAGUGCUAUCAGCGCAAAAAAUACACGACUGGCGACGAUCUCCACCCGUAUAAAUGUCCAGGGUGUGAUAGUUGGUAUAGCAGGUUAUCGGGUCUUUAUCAGCAUGCAGAGGAUGUGCCUGGGUGUUCUGAGUGGUUGGAAGCUCCGAAAUGUUUGGCGAAAUUGAGGCAUUUCAUUUGGCUGAUGAUUUGA